AGGGGCUGGGACCUUCAGACCCGGAAAGGAGCCGCGAGCCCCGGAGCAAGAGCGGCCGAAUUAGGCCCUGGGACUGACAGGGAACGGUCUACAAUUCCCAAAAGCAGAGGGGCUGCGGGAACGAAGGGCAUGCUGGGAGCCGUAGUCUCGAGAGCAGGGGGCGGGAUCGGCCGCCUCCACGGUCCCGCGGCCUGGGUCUGACAGGGACCGGACCGCGGGGUGCCCCGGGCGUUGCUAGGGAACGGUGGCAGACCGGAAGUGAGCGCGAGGAGCGCGGAAGCCGGGGGCCGGGGCGCCGGAGCGCGGCGGGCGCGGUGACGUCCCCCCGACAUGGCGUCGAGCGAGUGAAGAAAGUGCCUCCCGGGUGGGUGCCGCCAGGCGGCCCCCUCGCAGCGCCGGCGCCCAGGAUGCGGCCCUCCCACCACUGCGGGCACCUGCUGGAGCGGCUGAACGCGCAGCGGGAGGCGGGCUUCCUGUGCGACUGCACCGUGGUCAUCGGGGAGCAGCAGUUCCGCGCGCACCGCAACGUGCUGGCCUCGUUCAGCGAGUACUUCGGGGCCGUGUACCGGGACUCCCCGAACGGCGACGUCUUCCUGGACCAGACCCAGGUGAAGGCGGACGGCUUCCAGAAGCUGCUCGAGUUUAUCUACACGGGCACGCUGCACCUGGACAGUUGGAAUGUUAAAGAAAUUCACCAGGCUGCAGACUUUCUCAAAGUGGAGGAGGUGGUCACUAAAUGUAAAAUAAAGAUGGAAGAUUUUGCUUUUAUUGCUAAUCCCUCUUCUGCAGAAAUAUCUAGUAUUACGGGCAAUAUUGAGUUGAACCAACAGACUUGCCUCCUUACUCUUCGAGAUUUUAACCGGGACAAAUCAGAAACUUCUAUUGAUUUGAUUCAGGCACAUACAAAGAAAGUGACUUUAGAAAAGAAGUCUCCUCCAACCAAAAAGAAGAAGAAGACUUUCAGUUCUCAGAAAACCGUGCAGAAUAAACCAGUGCAAUAUUCCAGUGACAUUUUAGAGAAUUCAUCUGUUGACAUGUUCCUAGAUAUAAAUAAAUUGCCUUCACCAGUAACAGAACAAGUUGCACAAGGAAAUGAUAUUCCAGAACUCCAGCUGACUUCAGUUGUGGGCAACGAUAAUUUUACAACACAAGAUAUCAUUUUACAAACAGUAGCAGUGAAACAGAAACGGGGAAAAUCACAGCCAAAUUGUGCUUUGAAAGAGCACUGUAUGUCUAAUAUAGCCAGCAUCCCAAAUGCUUAUCCGCUGGAACCUUCUGCAGAAGACCUAGAUCAGAGGUACUCGAAGGCCAAGCCAAUGUGUAACACUUGUGGGAAAGUGUUUUCAGAAGCCAGCAGCCUAAGACGACAUAUGAGAAUACACAAGGGAGUAAAACCAUACGUCUGCCAGUUGUGUGGAAAAGCAUUCACCCAGUGUAACCAGCUGAAAACACAUGUCAGGACUCACACAGGGGAGAAGCCAUAUAGAUGUGAGCUCUGUGACAAAGGUUUUGCUCAGAAGUGCCAGCUAGUUUUUCAUAGUCGAAUGCAUCAUGGUGAAGAGAAGCCCUAUAAGUGUGAUGUAUGCAAUUUACAAUUUGCAACUUCUAGCAAUCUCAAGAUUCAUGCUAGGAAGCAUAGUGGAGAAAAGCCAUAUGUGUGUGACAGGUGUGGACAGAGAUUUGCUCAGGCCAGCACACUGACUUACCACGUUCGCCGGCACACCGGAGAAAAGCCUUAUGUGUGUGAUACAUGUGGGAAAGCGUUUGCAGUAUCUAGUUCCCUCAUAACUCACUCUCGAAAACAUACUGGUGAAAAACCAUACAUAUGUGGUAUUUGUGGGAAAAGUUUUAUUUCCUCAGGAGAGCUCAACAAACACUUUCGAUCCCAUACAGGGGAAAGACCAUUUAUCUGUGAAUUAUGUGGAAAUUCCUAUACGGAUAUAAAAAACUUAAAGAAGCACAAAACAAAAGUCCAUUCAGGAUCUGAAAAAACUCUAGAUUCUACCGUGGGGGAUAAUAACACUUUCAAUGAACAAGAUCCCAUGCAGAAAAGUCCUUUGUCAGAACCUUUAGAUGUGAAACCUUCUGAUAUGACUUUACCAUUAACUCUUCCCCUUGGAACGGAGGACCACCAGAUGCUGUUGCCUGUAACAGAUAAUCAGUCUCCAUCCUCGGACACAUUGUUGAGAUCGACUGUAAAUGGGUAUUCAGAACCACAGUUUAUUUUUCUGCAGCAAUUAUAUUGACUUUAUGAGCAAUAUGGAAUUUACUAAAUAAAUAGCUCUGGUAGUGAACAUAAACUUCUCUGGCAAGGUGAACAUCCUCAUUCACUAUCAUCUGGCUUGUGAUCAUUAUUUUUCAUUCAGCUAAGUAAAGGCAACUGAUCCUGCAUCUUCACUGUGCAAUGCUUGUUUUUUUGUUUUGUUUUGUUUAUUUUUGUUUUUAUUUUGCUUCAAAAAUCAGGAGUAUAUGCACACCAUUUUUGGAGAAUGAGUUACAUAGCAAAAUGAUAUUUUAAAAGAAGGGGGAAAACAUUUUCAUCAGUAAAGAUGACUACAUUAUUGUUUUUUAGAGCUACUCUUUAAUUAUUCUGAUAGCACAUAUCACUUCACCAAAUAAAAUGUCUUCCAGAUUUUUUCCUUUUUUCUAUUUAAAAGAAAAUGAUCAGCUCUGGAUUUCAUUUAGAAUUAAGAGUUCAUAAUUUCUGGCCAGAAAAAUCUAGAGGCCAAAUUAUAAUUUAAUUUUCUUCUCUACUGCUAUUCAUGCCAGCAAUCUUUUAAUAAACAGAAGAAAACAUCUGUCAUUAAGUACUGUAAAAUUCUUAUUUUUUCCCCCUCUAGCAGAACACGUUUUUUUUUCAGUAUUCCAUUUAAAAGUAACCUAUCAAUAGAUAUUUAAUAUUGUUUUAUCAAAAAGCAGUUUUACAAUUUGACCACUUUGACAUAAGCUAAGGAAAAAUGAUUAAGUAUGUUUUUGGAAGUAUGCAGGCUGAAAGAUAGAUAUGCUAAUUUUGUCUAUUUUCAUCCUAUUGCAUGCACACCUUUAAAAAUUGAAAUUAAAUCCUAACAGUAAAAUAGUGGAAAAAAACAUCAAAAAACUAUAAGAUUAAAGCAGAAUACAAAUAACUGUUGACAACUAAAUAUUACAGAUACAGUAAUGAGAUGUCAGAUUUCAAUAUUCAGAGGAAAAAUACUUUUAAAAGCCCAGUUUUUUAGAACUACAAAAGAAUAUAAAAUUUUGCUAAGAAGGCAGCUUUAUUUUUCAGACAUUUCUCAAUCCUCUAAACUGUGGCAGUAGGUUGCCUUGGUAGUUUUUUAAAAGUCCUUGUCAUCCUGAAUAGGCAAAAGCAUAUUGUUUUCAUAGAUAUUUUCCACUAAAUCACUUAUAUCCUGAUUCUUUGUCAACAAAAUGGGUUUUCAUGGUUGUUGUUUUUUAACUGUUCUCUGUUACAAUAUGGUUAACAGAAUUCCCAGCUCCACAAAGGCUGCUGAUUAAACACUCUUGACUCCUCAUUUCUUCCAAGCAAGCCCCAGUCACAGAUUUUUAAUGUUAAACUCUUCUGUAAUAAAUUUAAUGAAUUUUCUGUUUAUCUUUUUUUUCUAAUUAUAUAUCCUCUAUUUGAUACUCAGUCACAGUAAAUAAAGCCUUGUAAUUACAAAAAGUAUGGUAUAGUAUAGCAUAAUAUAGUAUAGGAUAGUAAAUCUUGGCAACUGAUGCAAGAAUACUGAACCAAGUUCAGUGACCUGGUAUACGAAAUAUUGAGAUUCAGUUAUUAUCCUGGUUAAUUUUUUUUUUUUUUUGUACAAGUACCUUUGUGAAACAGCAUUUGAGUACAAAAGAAAUUUGUAAACCUGAAACAUACAUUUUCCUUGAUCAGAUGUAUUGAUUGCUUUACAUUCAGAAACUGAAGAGAAUGUAAAAUGACUAGCUUAUUCAGAAAAUUCAUCAGGAUUUUGAUACUAUAUAAAGAAAAUAUAAUAAUCUGAUCCCAUUAUAAAAUAACACCAAAGAGAGCCUGGGAUUUCUAGUGCAUCAUCAUUAAAAUCAAACAUCACAUUUUAGGCUAUCCUUUUAAGAGUAAUAAUUAUUCCUCAUCAAAGGUUAUAGGAUGAAGUGGCAGAUAGUUUUGUUCUGUGCUUUUUUCUCCCCCAUGAUUGUUGGUUAGUUUCUCACUUCAGUUAUAUUUUUGAUCACGUCAUUUGCUUCAUCAUUUAAUAAUUUAUUUGUGUUGGUGUAAAAUUUUUAAUUACUACCUAAUCCUGUUAUUACCUGCUUUUCCAAAAUAGCAAUAUAAAGAGAACAUAAAAUCCUUUGCCUUCCUGGGAAUGUUUUUUUAAAAUAAUUGGAUUCGGUUGUGAUAUGCACGUGUUUUUCUUGUAGCUGAUGUUGUUUAGUGCUCAUAUAAGAGCCCCACACUGAAAUUAUUUUAAAUUUCUUCUUUUAUAUUAUUUUUUAGUUUCUUUUGGCAAUGAGCAAUUGAAAAAUCAUCAUAUAAGACUUGGCUCUGAAUAUGACAUGUCUCACUUUUUUUUAUAUCUUGACCUAUUUAGGUCAUUUAUUGUUUUUUUCUAAGGAAAUCUAUAUUAUUGUUUUCAGUCUGUGUACUAAUUUAGUAUGUUGUUUCAUGGUAGACCUUGCCUGUCUAAAAAGAAAACAAUAUUUUAACCUAUGUGUCAGAUCAUACAAUUAAAGGGUAUGGUAAGUUCAUCUUUAACUGUUAAACUAAAUACAUCUAUGAUGUGCUAUUGUGGGAAGAGAUUACUUGUUAUUUUUAAAUGAAUUGAUUAUUUACAAUGAAUUACUGGGCAAGUUAAUUCUGAAGAGCACACUGAGAGAUGGAAUGUACUUUCUAUGUGAAUUUGUUUUGUACUUGUAAUAUUAGAUUAUUUCUACUGUAUUCUUAGAUUUCCAACUAAAAAUGCUUAGAUUUAUAUAUCAGUCAUUUUAGAUGUUUGUAAAUAACAUUUGUUUAGUGUUCUUUAUUUACAGAUUAUUUUUAAUACUAUUUUACAAAAUUAUUUUAACCUUUUCAAAGUCUGAUAUAGUUCUAUUGCAGCAAUAAUUAAAUAGUGUACCCUACAAAAUUCUUUCUAUAUGCUGUUUACAGAAUUCAUGGAAAUGACUACACUUGAUAUACUUAACUAUAUUACAUUAAAUUAAUGUCAUGUGUACUAAUUUUUUAAUUAUGUUCUAGACAUUUCUUGGCUUUUAAGCCAACUAAGAGAUGUUUUCAUGUAAACUUUUCACCUACUUCUAUGAGUUUUUUUUUUUUUUUUUUUUUACAAGUGUCUGAAUACUGGUUAAAAAUACCUGGUAGCAGAAAAAUACCAUGAUUUUUACCAUGAUUUAAGUUAAUGUCUUUUAAAAAGUAAUUUUCAAAUGUUA